AUGGAGCCCAAUGUGGAGGGCAUGUGGGACACCCACAUUCACUGUCUUGACCCGGCCCUCUACCCAUUCAAAUCCACACGCUCCUAUACGCCCGCCCCAGCGCCCUUGGAAGCUUUGAUCCAACAAAGUCGAGCGACUCGGCUAGUCUUAGUUCAAGCAUCUAUCGAAAAUGGGCCGUCCGGGUUGCUUAGCCACCUUGGCCGCAUUCGAGCCGAUUACCCACACAUACUCGCUCGGGGCAUCAUAUGCAUGGAUGAGAAUUGGGGAAAGUUGACCAAUGAGGAUUUUGAUCAUUUACACGGUAUGGGUGUAAGAUGGUGUCGCAUCCAUGCCUUCUUUGGCGGAAGCGCAACCGAUGCUCCCCGUAUACAGGAACAGAUUCGUCUCUUCGCUCAGUCAUACCCAUUCAAGCAAUGGGGCUGGGGUCUCUCCGCACAGCUUCCUCUAAAAACCUGGGCCUCCUUGAAAGAUUUCAUCCUUUAUGACCCGGAAGUGUCAGGCCUUCGCAUUAUGGCAGACCAUGUUGCCUGUGCCUCACCGACUGAUAUUGGGGGUUCGAACCUCGAUAACUUUGUACAGCUGCUCCAAGCCGGCAGGGUCAUUGUCAAAGUUUCUGCAUUAUACCGCAGGUGCGGAAAGGAUAUAACCCAGAUGAAACCAAUCAUUCAACGCUUUGCCGAAAGCGCAUCCUUCGCACUGAUAUGGGGCAGUGAUUGGCCUCAUGUAGAUGCCACCAACCGAGAUGCGAACCCCCAAGCGGCACCCAAACUGGCAGACCCCAAUAAAGAGCUAGUACUUUUGCAGAGCUGGUUGUCAAGUGGUCAAUUCCAAAAAAUGCUGGUUGACAACCCAGAGCGCCUGUUCGGAUCUUGA